AUGUUCUUUUCAGCAACAUGCUUGAUCAUUCACACGCAACGCACGAAGGACAACGAAGAAAUAUGUGUACAAAAUCAUUUUGAAAGUCAAACAAAUGAUCAUCUACUCGUAUGUCAUAUAAACAAUAACCGCGAUCGUUCGAUUCUCAUUUGGUUUAAAAUUGAUCCAACUCUCUUCAAUUUCUUUCACUUUUAUCGUUUUAUACUACGAACAGUCGAUGAAAUUAGUUUAUCCACUAAUCACAUCCAUUUAUUAACAAACUUUACUGAAUUAGUCGACCAGAACAAUAGUUUACGUAUACUGAAUUUAAAUUCUGGCCAGUAUGAAAUCUGCCUGGAUUUCCAAUCGAAUAAUACGACAUAUAUAUAUUCACCGCGGAAUGCUUGCAUAGCGAUUCGUAUUGGCGAACUUCUCCAUCGAUCGUUCAAACAAAGUUCAAUUCAAUUGUUCAUUGCGUUAAUCACAGGAAUUAUACUCUUUCUUCUUCUUGGCCUUGUUGUACAACAUGUCAAAAGUAAACAAAUUGAAAGAACUGAUUCCGAGCAAAUAGUGACUGAUAAUAAAAAAAAACAGUCGCCUCAGGAACGUUCGCGUAGCUCAAGUAUUCUUUCAUCAGUCAUUUCGACGAAGCAACGCUUAUUUCGUCGGUAUAUUGAUCAACCUGAUCCAUCACAAAUCAGACAAUGGGCACGUAAUCGGGCAUUUCGUCAUCGAAUAUCAACACAAGAUAAUGAUCAAACACGAUGGAAUCAAGCUAGAUCGAAUGCAAUGUCGCAAAAUACUUCCUCGUUAUCAGCGAAUGAUAUUUACAUCAUUCCAAUGAAUGAUUGUUCCCGAGAUAUUUCUUUCUAUUUGACUCCAACUAAAGAAUUUUAUUGA